GAAGGGAGCCGCUAGCGGCCGGACUCGGGCUCAGCCCUAGCGAGACCCCGGAGCUGCCCCCACGAGCGCGGCGAGCGUCCAGGCAGAGCCCGGCCCUUGGAGGUGCGCGCGGCUACCCCGGCCGCUCUGGAGCUCCGGGUAGGGGACCUGGCGACCGGGCUGGCUUAGGGCAGGGAUCGCUUGCCCGAACUUCGUGCCCCGCGAUGUCCGCUCAAGUUUUGGAAUUAUUGCGGAACUGGACUCCCCUCCUCCUGGCAGCCCCCUGGGGGUGAUCCCACGGAAAAAGGAACCGGCCUCUGACUCAUCUGUUGGGCCGGAACCCGAGGCCCCAGCGGGGACAGCCCCCACGAAGAGACCCUUCGCUCCUGGGGGUGGGAGUUCUGUUCCAGGACGGGAGCGCCUUUGGUACCACCAGACCUCGGCUUUCUGGACCUCUGGGAAAGCUAGGUCCCCAGCCCGCAGGCUUCCGGCGAUGCCAGAGUGUGCUGCUCCCCGUGCGUGGUCCGAGGAUAUGGCUGGGCGCCCCUCACCUCAGGGGGCCACCCCGGACUCCGCCAGCGCUGUCUCCUCUCCCUCAGAUCCGGCAGCCGCGGGGAAUGACGCGGGUGCCCCCACAGCCCGGACUCCCGGCGGGGAGGGCGAGCCCCACAGCCGGCAGCGAGACGCCCGCCUGGGCAGCACCGAUAAGGAGCUGAAGGCAGGAACCAGUGCCGAGGGCAGCACCCCGACAGCGCUGGGGAAGCCCUGGCAGCGGAAGCCGAGGGUCGAGGUUAUGGAUCCAGCCGGUGGUCCCUGGAGCCUGCUCCCACGGCCCUGCCGCGUGCUGGUGCUGCUCAACCCGCGUGGGGGCAAGGGCAAGGCCCUGCAGCUCUUCCGGAGCCACGUGCAGCCCCUCCUGGCCCAGGCUGAUGUCUCCUUCACGCUCAUACUCACGGAGCGGCGGAACCACGCCAGGGAGCUGGUGCAGUCCGAGGAACUGGGCCGCUGGGAUGCGCUGGUGGUCAUGUCUGGAGACGGGGUGAUGCAUGAGGUGGUGAAUGGACUCAUGGCGCGGCCGGACUGGGAGACCGCCAUCCGGAAGCCCUUGUGCAGCCUGCCCGCCGGCUCUGGCAACGCGCUGGCAGCUUCUCUGAACCAUUAUGCCGGCUACGAACAGGUGACCAACGAAGACCUCCUGACCAACUGUACGCGGCUGCUGUGCCGCAGGCUGCUGGCUCCCAUGAACCUGCUGUCCCUGCAGAUGGCCUCUGGGCUGCGGAUCUUCUCGGUGCUCAGCCUGGCCUGGGGCUUCAUUGCCGAUGUGGAUAUCGAGAGCGAGAAGUUCCGGCGCCUGGGGGAGAUGCGCUUCACCGUGGGCACCAUCCUGCGGCUGGCAACCCUGAGAAUCUACCGGGGCCGACUGGCCUACCUUCCUGCAGAACGGGUGGUCUCCAAGGUGCCUGCCUUCCCCGCUCUGGACCGGCAGGACCAGCCGGGCCCUGUGGACACCCACCUCGUGCCCUUGGAGGAGCCAGUGCCCUCUCACUGGACUGUGGUGCCCGAGCAGGACUUCGUGCUGGUGCUGGCGCUGCUGCACUCACAUCUGGGCAGUGAGAUGUUUGCUGCACCCAUGGGCCACUGUGCGGCCGGCACGAUGCAUCUGUUCUACGUGCGGGCAGGCGUGUCUCGGGCCAUGCUGCUGCGCCUCUUCCUGGCCAUGGAGAAGGGCAGGCACAUGGACUAUGGCUGUCCCUACUUGGAGUAUGUGCCCGUGGCUGCCUUCCGCCUGGAGCCCAAGGACGGGAAGGGCAUGUUUGCCGUGGACGGGGAGCUGAUUGUCAGCGAGGCUGUGCAGGGCCAGGUGCACCCAAACUACUUCCAGAUGGUCAGCGGCCACGUGGAGCCCCCAGCCCCUCUGGAGCCACAGCCCCUACCCAGCCAGAAUCCUCAGCAGACGCCGCCUCCAGGAGAACCCUUAUGACUCCGUGGGCCUUGCUGUGCCUUAGUCUGUCUCCUCAGUCUAAUUUGAGCUCAGGACCCUCCCUCUUUCCAGGAUGGGAGGGCCCCGUCCCAGCUCGUGUGGCCAGGACUCCUAAAGGGUGGGUAGAGGCUGUGUUUUGGAAGGAGGCCCCAGGCCAGGAGCCCAGCUGCUUGGGCCCUACCACCUGUGGAAGCCACUCCUUUGUUCUGAGUCAGAUCCAAAUAAAGUGACAUUCCCAGCC